CAUUGAGGCGUUGAAAUUUAAGUAUAUUUAUCAUUAUUUUCGGAAGAAUCUAAACAUAUUCCUGCUGCAAAACAGGACAACAAAACUUGUCUCAAAAUAGGUAUCGACAAAAGUAAAGGAAACAAAACGUAUGAAUGGAAAUAUUGUUCCGAACAAAUGCCGGCACUUUGCACAUCUGAUUCAGACCGAUCAGUACAAAUAAAUAUGAAACAGAAAAGCUGGAUGAAUGCAGCGGCACUGUGCUUUCAAAGACAUGGUUAUCCGAUUGGAUAUGAAGACGUACGGAAUGUGAAUGUCACUUACAACAUGGCCAAAAACGGCUGGACAGGGAUCGUUUGGAGCGAUAUAAUUUACAAUGAAACUGAAUACCGAAAAAACUCGUCUGAUAUAAAUCACGGGUAUUUGAAAUAUGAGGUUUCCCUAGGAUACGUUUUACAUUUUUCAAAAGAUUAUGACGCCAGCAAAUACAUUCUCUGCAAAGGUAAGAUUUUGCUUUUAUCAUGUCUCAAUAUACAAUUCUUAUAAAAACUAUAUGAAUAAAAAAAUAAAUACAAUAUUAUGUUGAUAGUAUCUAGCAUAAUUAAAUGAGUAGAUUGAUGGAAUAUUAAUCUUAUUCCUGUGUAAUGAAUCUUCUUUAUAGUAUAACAAGGAAAAUUUCCGUUUUAUACAAUUUCAUUGAUUGCGUUUUUAAUCCCUGAAAAGCAAGUGUGUUGUUUCAAAUAUUUGCUGACACUGUGUACAAGGUAAUGGUAUAUAUUCUUAAUUCUUGCGCGAGCAUCAGUCUAUAUGUACAUUGAAUAAAAAUUUCGUGAAUUUUAUUUGCUUUUUAUAACAUUAAUAUUUAAUUAGCAUGAUUCAAAUAUCAUUUAUAUAUUUUCAAAGGUGAACCGGUGAGAAUGGAAAUUUGUGAGUUCAUAACUAGCCAAAAUGAUAAUAACCAUUUAUAUACAAAACAUACUCAUAGUAAAGAUAGCAAAUGUAUUUAUUUUUUCUCAGUGUUUAAAGACUCUCUAUGUUGAUAUUAAAAAUGUCACAUAACUGAAACUUUAUACAUGUAUAUCAGUCUCUUUCUAAUCUCAUCAUUCGUUUCAUUUAUAUUUCACAUUAUUAUAUUAACUACAAAUAAUUUUGUAAAACAUAUGGCUAAUUAUUGUGAUCUUAUUUAUGAAAAGGAAUACUAAUGCUAGGAUUUUAACUGUACACCAUGUUAAGCUUGUAAAUACUUAAAACACUUUCAGCGAUGAUAAGAACUAAAGCACACUCAUCAAUUCCAAUGUCAAAAACGCCGGAAACACCUGUUACGCCGACUGGCGUGAUGAAAAAGUCAUCUUAUGAUUCAUCAUCCGAUGACACUGAUUUAACUGUUGUUGUAGGGGUAUCAGUUUCAGCAACACUGCUUGUUGUUGUCAUAGUGAUCCUACUGGUUCUAGUCAAACGGAAGAAAAUUAUUUGCUGUACUGGUGGGAAACAAUCAGCUGAGGUAGCUGAUCAAAAGCAAACAAAGACUAGAAGCCGUAAUUCGCAAUUAAACAGUUCAUACGAUUUUGUUGAUGAUGAAUGUAUAGAUGCAUCUUUCAAAGGAAAUUAUGAUUCACCUGAUAACACUUACAACAUGCCUGACCAAGAUGGAAACACUAAAAAAGCAGCAUAUGACAUCGCUGGUAACGAUAGACAAGCAUUAAAAAAGAAACAAGACAAUAUAUAUAAUAAACUUCAAUCUGGAAACACUCCUAUCUACGAUCUUACAAAUGAUAAAUCUAAAACUGAAAUGCGAGCAUUUGAUGAUACAUACAACACAACGGCAGAGGCAUCAAUGAAUUGCGUGAUUAAAUUUGGCAAGCAUGCAAUUGGUAUGAACACCAUUGAAGAAAGCCCUUACAAUCAUACCAACUCUGAUCCGUUUGAAAGAAAACAAGUGGACAAUGUCUAUAACACUGCUAGCUUUCAGUAAAAUAUUUGAAAAGGAACACGCACAAUUUAUAAACUAACACAUAAAGCAUUUAAUUUCUGAAAUAAAUUAUAAAAUACAAAAAAA